AUGUAUGACCUUCCGGACACCGCUCUGCACCAUGCCAUCGACCGGCGUAUCAUGGACGCAUCCAAUGACGUGAUUAAGACCAUCAACAUCUGUCCGCCAGACAUCUACAGGGCGAGGUACUGGUGCUGGCAGGCAGGGAGUCCUUUCUCGUGCCCCGAUAUCUGGAGCUCUUAUGGCGGACCAAGGAGUCUUUCUAUAUUGGGGCGGGGUUUCUACUUCGCUGUCGCGGACGAAGUCAGAUGGAAAGAGGCUGCUGAAGCCAUUUGUCGGCUAGGCAUCGAGCAGGGCUGGCUACAGCUCGAUGCCAAAACUGUAUCCUACGAUGAAAAAUGCUUCCGGGAAGUUUUUGAACCCGGAUGGCUAGGUGUGUAUCUCUGGGCGUCAGACAGCUAG